AUGCCUAGUCUGGAGAUUCCAGGUGAAUUUCUGCGUCAUGCUGUUCUCGAUACAGUGGUGCCCCAUGCUGCAGCAAUCAAUAUUGAGGAUGCCCUAAGUUCGGCCUUGGAGAAUGGAGCUGAUGAUCUCCCCUCUGUUCUCUCCUCCAUCCCGCAACGGUCUCUAUUGUUCUUUGAUGAAUUUCUCCUGGUCCGCAUAGUCUUACGACUGUCUGAUUGCUCAGAUACGACACUGAAACACUAUCUACCCCGACUCGAAGUAAAGCUGGAUGUCUUUGCCGUUGACCCAGCAGAAUCAGUUGGAGAAAAUCCCACACCAACUCGGGAUAUCAUAUUCUCAGGAAUCGUGGGUGGUGAUGAGGAUCCGCUGGUGAUCUUCAACGAAUUUGAGGGUGAUGAAGGCAGUGGAAACCACGUCUAUCUAGUUUGGAACAUUGAAACCGCGUUGCGGCGUCCCCGUAUUCAAAUACAACACCCAACACUCCUAUUCAUUGCCUCUGCCAGCCUGAAUCCAGCCGACCCUUGUCGGCAAGAAGAUCCCGAGGAUGAUUAUCUCCCCUCACUCGUCCCGGCAUCGACCAAUAUGCUGCAGUCUCUGUCGACCGAUAAAUCUUUCAAUAACAAAGAGCCUUUCCUCCCUGCGUCCAGGCUUCUGAGAGUUGUACCUACCACUCACACUGAAGACCCAAUUUACAAUAUUCAGCAACAACAUGGCCGCCCCUUCCGUGUUGUGCCCGCCGCGAGUGCAAGGAUUAGAUACUCUCGAUUGAACUCCUACACUGGUAUACCGAUGACCGUGGCCAGUCUUGACUUCGAGGUUACCCCUUACCUGGCUUGCGAGGUCUCGUUCGACAAAGCGGAUCUUCGACUGUCUGAGGGAACGAUAGAGUCGCUAUCAGACACGCCGGGUCUCGCUCUCCCCAUCACUUGCCGUCCAAGAGACGGCGUUACACUCAUGUACAAACUUACCCCAGAGUAUGGCCCGGAGACCAACCCGUCAUCUACGGCCCUGGUCUGCACGCUGGACAUAUCUCUCGAGGCUAUGAUUAUGGUGGAUGGCGACUGCAAACCACGAAUUUCUAUGCAAUGGAGAACCAAUGUCGAUUUCUCAGUCGCCUUAAAUCCGACCUUUGGGGGACCUAGCCCAGCCCUGCAAAGGACGAACCGCCCUACCAGUCUAUCCGUAUCAACACAAGCGGGUGUAACACCUUCCAACCGAAGCUCCUUACGAGAACGAGCGUACUCUGUCACUGACGUCGGGAUAACGAUCUCCUUUUCUGGACCUGUCCGUGUACAAGUUGGUACUGUCUUCUCUUGGGAUGUUUUCAUUGUCAAUCGAUCAAACGUCCCUCGAAAGUUUGCCUUGAUCGCCAUUCCUAAGCGCAAACGUGUGGAUCCCCGUGGACAUGUUGCUCGACCUUCCUCAUCGUCUAUCACCAGCAGAAAAGAGGAUCAGGUGGCUGAGGCGGUGACUGAUGACAAUAUCGUGCAUGCUAGGCAAAAAAGCGUGGCUGGCCAAGAGGUGGAGCUGAUCAGUUUGAGCAUUGAUAUUCGCGUCGGUCCUCUUCUUCCAGGAACAUGUCAUUCGACUGAGCUCAAGCUCCUUCCCCUUGCCACAGGCCCGCUUCAUUUGGAAGCAGUACGACUUGUAGAUCUUAACACGAACGAAACGACUGACAUCCGAGAUCUUCCAGACAUAUUGGCCGAUGAUCAGCUGCGUCCUACUUGA